AUGAAUCUGGCAAACUACUCGUACUACUCUGGCGUGUGCAACAUGACCGCCGAGACGCAGCACUCUCCCGCAGAGGUCAGUCCGGUGGUCCUGUCCCCCAACGUCAGCCUGGACUCGCCGCUGCCCCCGUUGAUGCUGCAGGCCCGCUCCAAGGACGGCGUCCUGAUCAAGUCGGAGCCGCGGGGGAACAGCCCCGACGCCGACGACGGGGUCGUACUGGGCCAGACGGAUCAGGAGCACCUGCCCACCGGCAGCCGCCGGAGGAAGAGGCCGGUGCAGCGGGGCAAGCCCCCCUACAGCUACAUCGCCCUCAUCGCCAUGGCCAUUGCCAACUCCCCCGAGAGGAAGCUCACCCUCGGGGGCAUCUACAAAUUCAUCAUGGAGCGCUUCCCGUUCUACAGGGAGAACUCGAAGAAGUGGCAGAACUCUAUCCGUCACAACCUGACUCUUAACGAUUGUUUCGUCAAGAUUCCGAGGGAGCCCGGCAGACCCGGAAAAGGUAACUACUGGACUCUGGACCCCGCCGCCGAGGACAUGUUCGACAACGGAAGCUUCCUGCGGCGACGGAAGCGCUUCAAACGCACCGAUGUCAGCACCUACCCGGCUUACAUCCAGAGCUCCAGCGCCUUCACGCCCACCCCGAUGGGGAGGCCCUCCUACGCGAACAACCUCUACGCCGGAAUCGGCACCGGGUACGGUCCCCAGCUCACUGCCGCGUCCCAGCACCCGACUAUGCUGCAUCACUACCAGACGUCCGCCGGGGUAUGCCAAGGGCAGCCCCGCAUGUUCAGCAUCGACAACAUCAUCAGCCCCCAGGCGGUCGGGGAGCUGAACCCCCAAGCUCUGCAGGGGCUCAGCGCCGGCGACUUGGCCGCCAUGACCUCCAGCUGCUCGGUCACCGGGGCCGACCCUUCGGCCUGCUUCCAGACCCAAACCAUCAACCAGUCCGCUAACGUGUUGGGCAGAAACAGCAACAUCUCCUCUAGCUUCACCCCGGCGUACCCUUAUUCCUCCCCGGCCUCGCCUCCCAACCUGAGCGGCAUGGCCCCGUCUGGUUUCUCCCCCGGGAGCUCUCAGAUGUACUGCCCGAGCAGCAGGCUCUCUCUGCCGGCCCUGCGGCAGAGCUCCUGCACGGAGCACACGGAGCAGCUGCUGGGCCUGUCGGGCCCUGUGAACACUUACAACAACUCGUACAUGAGGCAGGCCAACUUUGCACCCGGACUGGAGCGAUACAUGUGA